UAAUAGGACAAUCGAGAUGCUUUUCCAUGCGCUGCUCAUUUUUCAUGAGAGAAACCCUUGGAACGUCUAAAGUUGAGCACUAUUCCAGGACCACCCAUCGUCCACCUUUUCGCAAGGCUGAGAUCGAUAUGGAGCCGGGCUUGUAAAGGAAGCCACAUUCUCAUAUGAACCCGCAUUCAGCUGGGAUUAAGCCAUCGAACACUUCAUACAAGCCCUUGCUCGGCCGCGAACUCCAGCACAAUGGAUUACUUUGUGGGGAAAAUCACCCAGCAGGCGAUGAACUAUGCCAUCCGCUCCGGAGUUACUUUGACAGCAUCAUAUGCGAUUCGACAAUCCACCAGAUACCUCAAUAACGUUCCAAAAAGCGAUGUCAGAGAUGAGCUCUCUGAAGUGCAGCAGCGGCUUCAGCGUAAGAUCCACAUUGUCUCACCCGCAAUCGACAUGAUCGAACUUAUUGCUGCUCGGGGCAAUACCACUUUGGAAUCCGCUGUGGUUUUGACCAAAGAGCUUCGCCUGGAAAUCGAGUCGCUUGGCCAGCGACUUACGAGAGCGAACGCGUCAGAAGAAGCCGCCAAGAAGAAAGGCAGCACGCAGCUCAAGGCUCAGAAUGAGCUGGAGUUGAAACGCGUUAUUGCUGAUAUGAAGCAGCUGCUCGACCGGAUCGAAGACGCUGUGCCUUUGAUCAAUCUGGCCAUCACCACUUCUGGAGCAAGCCUGUCUACCUCUCUUCCUCAUACAGUCUCGCCAUCACGCCUGCUGCAGGCCAGCACGUUCCUAACCGCCGGCGACACGCAGUAUUCCAUAUCUCCUCAAUCCGCCGUCCAGAUUGGCCCCACAUUUACUCUCUCGGUCUACAUGCUAUUUGCUGGACAUGAUCGGCCUCAGAACGAAGAAGAGGUACGGGAAACAACGUGGAAGGAGGUCAUACACAAGGCCAAGGUCAAGUUACGGCGUGUACCACUUGAGGUUGUCGUAGGUAGCAGGCCUGGGUCUGGGUCAGGGGCAGACGCCGUACCCUCAAUGGAGAUCUCGGUAUCAAGCGCCAUGUCUGAAUUGGACAAAUCUCAAGUCAUACGUGCAGACAUUCGCGCUGACGAAUUCGCAUAUCAAUUGAUGAUCGUUGAGGACUUUGAUGACGACCGUGUCCAUGAUUUUGAAGAAGAUCAACCCCACCCAGGCCCCUUUGACGAUGUCCAGAUGGCAGGCAUACGCGAAACCAUGCCCAUACAUGAGAUCUCCAAGAUCUUCUACGCCGACACGAGCAAAGUGCUCAACAUCGGGGCCGACGCCGAAAGUAACCAUCCAGUGCUUCUACUGAAGCGAGAUAUCAACGCAGUCCCGCCAAGACGGAUGCUAGAGCGCGACCAAGAUGACGAAGGCAUGCAACGAGAAGAAGAGUCCGUCAACCACGACCAUCACGCUCCCAAGGAAGAUCCCUGGCGGUUCCCACCAUCUCUCGACCCCGAAUGGAUCGCUUUCGAAGUGUACACAGAAUCCGAAGCAAGCGAUACAGAAUCCGAAGUCGGCAAUGCCGACACUGACACCUCGACUGCCGACAUCGAAACCUCAAAACUCUCCCAAUCAAUGUCAAGCAUGCACAUCAACAGUCCAGGUCCGGCAGACCGACUACAACCACUCACGAAUCAGACUCCUCCCUGGGCCAACGCGAUCAAAACGUCGCUCUCUCUUCUAGAACUCCUCCUUCGACUGACUUCGCUGCAGCAGUUCCAGCAACAAUCACACCUGUCCAUCCCGGACGAAUUACUCAACUUCUUUUUGGAAGAAAGCGCCACAACCGGUGCGGGAGGCGACGAAAAUUACAGACAGGCUCUACGCGCUGAGGCACGGCGCCGUGUCGGCUGGGAUCCGUAUGAUGAAAGUCCAAUGAAGAGACGAGGCGAGGAGUAUCAGUACCACAGCCCCGGUCCCAGUCCUCGUGCGGAUGGGGAUGAGGGCACAUGGAGUCCGCGAGAAGGGCAGGCUAGACCAGACUUUCCAGGCUCGCCAUCGCCUAGGAAUAGUCCUUCACCGUUCCCAGCUGAGCGGAACAGGGGCAGUAGAGCAUCGUGGCUGAAGCGAGAAGAAGGGAGGAGGAAAAGUAGUCCAUUGCGCCCGAGGAGUGCGGUGACGGAUGAAGGGAUCGGGACAAGUCCGGCGAGUGGUGUGGAUAGGGCAGACACCUGAAAGUCAUUCGGCAAACGCUAUGAGAUUUAAUGGCCAAAUGCAAAUGAUGAAGAACAAUACGAGAUCAACGAGAAAUCAUGAGACAUGGAAAAUCUUCAG